AAAAAAAAAUCGGAAGUGAAAGGAAAGAGUUUGAGAAAAUGUUGAAACUCAUCAUUUUCUUGAUGAUAUCCGGUUUGUUGCUUGCUACUCAAUUUUCUAAAACCCAAGAAUUAGAUAGUCCAGCUGAAGCACCUUCAGCCUCUAAGAUGGGAGGAGAAGGCUCACUUCGACCAGAAGAAUGUCCAAAGGCAUGUGAAUAUCGAUGUUCAGCGACAUCUCACAAGAAACCAUGUUUGUUCUUUUGCAACAAAUGUUGUAUGAAAUGUUUGUGCGUACCAUCGGGAACAUAUGGACACAAAGAAGAAUGCCCUUGCUACGAUAACUGGAAGACCAAAGAAGGUGGACCUAAAUGUCCAUGAUAACUUAUAAACAAAUAUAAACAAAACAUAUAUUGUUUCUUCUUAAUAAAAUCUAUGUUGGCCGUGCCUAUUUUUAAUAUAUGUAUUAUAUAAUAUAAUAUAAUAUAAUGUUUUCGUCUUA